CAGGGCGGAUAUGUGGCUCAGGAGGGACUCUUCAGGUACAGCGGGUUGGCUGGUAACCAGAAGGUUGCUAGUUCGAUCCCCGGCUCCUCCUAGCGGAGUGUCGAGGUGUCCCUGAGCGAGACGCCUCACCCUGACUGCUCCUGACCAGCUGGCUGUCGUCCUGAGGGGCUGACACUGUUUGUGUCGGUGUGUGUGUGUGUGUGUGUGUGUGUGUAUGGAUGGCUGAAUGUGAGGCAGUAUUUGUAAAGCGCUUUAUGGGCCACUGGUCAGUAAAGCAGGGUAUGAAUGCAGUCCGUUCACAUUCACACCAGUUUAGCUCCUAGCGUUUGGAUUAUCUCAUGACGUCAUCACACUACAUCUAAAGGAAGGUGCGUGCUGGCAGUCUAGACGUCCACCCCACAGAGAAGGCCCUGGUGGUGCAGUAUGAGGUGGAGGCCUCCAUCCUGGGGGAGGGAGGAGACCCCAUGCUGGGGGAGCGCAAGGAGGGCCAGAAGAUUAUCCGGGUGAAGAGCCUCUCCCCCAGUACUGACGUGGGGGCGUUGGCCAGGAAGGUGGUGGAGGAGUGCCGCCUCAUCCCGCUGUCCCGCCUCCCCCAGGUGGAGCACCUCCUGCACUACCUGCAGAGCAGGAGGCCCGCCGAGGGCAAAGUGGACCAGAGCAGUCAGCUGCUCAGACCCAGGGAGCUGUCUCCGUUCGAGGGCCUGGAGGUGGGGGAGGAGGCCUCCAUCUCCCAGGUGGAGCGCUACGUUGAGCUGCUCUACGAAGGACUUCCUGAGAAGAUCAGAGGCUCCGCCCUGCUGCUGCAGCUGGCCCGUAACCCUGACAACCUGGAGGAGCUGCUGCACAACGAGACGGCUCUAGGGGCACUGGCCCGGGUUCUCAGGGAGGACUGGAAGCAGAGUGUGGAGCUGUCCACCAUCAUCAUCUACAUCUUCUUCUGCUUCUCCAGUUUCUCCCAGUUCCAGGCGGUGGUGUCCCACUAUAAGGUGGGGGCUCUCUGCAUGGCGGUGGUGGAACAUGAGCUGAGGAGACACGACCUCUGGAAGGAGGAGCUCAGCAAGAAGAACAAGGCCUGCGAGGCGGUCCCGGAGCAGGGCUCCCUGCGGCGGGACCAGGAGAAGGCGGUCAGGAAGUACCGCAGCCUGCUGGCCAAGCAGGAGCAGCUGCUCAGAGUGUCUCUCUACCUGCUCCUGAACCUGGCGGAGGACACUCGUACCGAGCUGAAGAUGAGGAAUAAGAACAUGGUGGGUCUCUUGGUCCGGGUCCUGGACCGCGAGGACCCAGAGCUGCUGGUCCUGGUGCUCUCCUUCCUCAAGAAGCUCUCCAUCUUCCUGGAGAACAAGAACGACAUGGCCGAGGUGGAUACAGUGCAGCGAUUGGCUCGCUUCGUGCCGUGUGACCACAAGGACCUGCUGAACCUGACGCUCCGCCUCCUCCUCAACCUCUCUUUCGACUCAGGCCUCCGGACCAAGAUGGUGGAGGCCGGCCUGCUGCCCAAACUCACCGCCCUGCUAGGGGACGCCACCCACCGGCAGGUGGCCAUGUGGAUCCUGUACCACAUCAGUGUGGACGACCGGUCGAGGUCCCUGUUCGCCUACACAGACUGCAUCCCCCAGCUGCUCCAAAUGCUGUAUGACCACGGGGAGGAGAAGAUGGACAUUGAGCUCAUCUCCUUCUGCAUCAACCUGGCAGCCAGCAAGAAGAACGCCCAGAUCAUGUGUGAAGGCAACGGGCUGAAGAUGGUGAUGAAGAGGGCUCUGAAGAUGAAGGACUGCCUCCUGAUGAAGAUGAUCAGAAACAUCUCCCAGCACGACGGACCCACCAAGGCCCUGUUCAUAGACUACGUGGGCGACCUGGCAGCCCAGAUGGCGGCGGAGGAGGAGGAGGAGUUUGUUGUGGAAUGCGUCGGAACGCUGGGGAACCUGACUGUCCCGGAGCUGGACUGGGAGCUGGUCCUCAGAGAGUACAACCUGGUGCCCUACCUCAAGGACCACCUAAAACCAGGCUCUGCGGAGGACGACCUGAUCCUGGAGGUGGUGAUCCUGGUCGGGACCGUCUCCAUGGACGACGCCUGCGCCGCCAUGUUGGCUAAAUCCGGCAUCAUCCCUGCCCUCAUAGAGCUGCUAAACGCCCAGCAGGAGGAUGAUGAGUUUGUGUGUCAGAUCAUCUACGUCUUCUACCAGAUGGUUUUCCACCAGGCGACGCGCGACGUCAUCAUUAAGGACACCCAGGCGCCGGCCUAUCUGAUUGACCUGAUGCACGACAAGAACACGGAGAUCAGGAAGGUGUGCGACAACACCCUGGACAUCAUCGCUGAGUAUGAUGAGGAGUGGGGCCGCAAAAUCCAGUCGGAGAAGUUCCGUUUCCAUAACAACCAGUGGCUGGACAUGGUGGAGAGUCGCCAGGCAGAGGAGGGCGAGGCCUAUCUCUAUGACAACGACAACGACCGCACAGACCUCUUCUACAGCGCUGAUGGUAUCACUCCUGGUGACGGCUCCAUCAGUCCCGAUUUCUACAACGACCUCCAGUCCCAGAACGGAGAGGAUCCUCCUGCAGGGAACUACCGGGAUGUGUUUGACCAGACCAGCUCGUCUCCAGGGCGACCGGUGACUGCCUACGGCUUCAGACCAGACGAAGACCCCCGAUACCAGUACACAUAGAGACCAGUACACAUAGAAACAGCACACAUAGAACCAGUACAUAUACAUACUCACAUAGAAACCAGUACUCAUACAGACCAGUACACAUAGAGACCAGUAC